AGAAAGAGCGCCUCACUCACGGGGAGUGUGGUUCUGGGCGACGCGGGAAGGCACUGCCGCGACAGCAGCCGCCGACGCUGGCCAAGGUGCUGGACAAGACAGACCGGUCGGCCACUUCGCCAGUUCAGCCACCCGUUGCAGCAGCAGCCGUCUCGCUUCCAUCCGGGUCUCCAUGGAAGAGAUGGAAGAAGAGCUAAAAUGCCCCGUGUGCGGGUCCUUCUAUCGGGAGCCCAUCAUCCUGCCCUGCUCCCACAAUUUAUGUCAGGCGUGCGCCCGCAACAUCCUGGUGCAAACCCCGGAGUCUGAGUCCCCCCAGAGCCGUCGGGCCUCGGGCUCCGGGGUCUCUGACUAUGACUACCUGGACCUGGACAAGAUGAGCCUGUACAGCGAAGCGGACAGUGGAUACGGCUCCUACGGAGGUUUUGCAAGCGCCCCCACUACCCCGUGCCAGAAGUCCCCCAACGGCGUCCGAGUGUUUCCCCCAGCAAUGCCGCCACCGGCCACCCACCUGUCACCGGCCUUGGCCCCGGUGCCCCGUAACUCCUGUAUCACUUGUCCCCAGUGCCACCGCAGCCUCAUCCUGGAUGACCGGGGUCUCCGCGGCUUCCCCAAGAACCGCGUCCUGGAAGGGGUAAUUGACCGUUACCAGCAGAGCAAAGCCGCGGCCCUCAAGUGCCAGCUCUGCGAGAAGGCUCCCAAGGAGGCUACCGUUAUGUGCGAACAGUGCGAUGUCUUCUACUGCGAUCCGUGCCGUCUUCGCUGCCACCCGCCCCGGGGUCCCCUAGCCAAGCACCGCCUGGUGCCCCCGGCCCAGGGCCGUGUGAGCCGGAGGCUGAGCCCGCGCAAGGUCUCCACUUGUACAGAUCACGAGCUGGAGAACCACAGCAUGUACUGCGUGCAGUGCAAGAUGCCGGUGUGCUACCAGUGCCUGGAGGAGGGCAAACACUCCAGCCAUGAAGUCAAGGCUCUGGGGGCCAUGUGGAAACUACACAAGAGCCAGCUCUCCCAGGCACUGAAUGGGCUGUCGGACAGGGCGAAAGAAGCCAAGGAGUUCCUGGUGCAGCUCCGCAACAUGGUCCAGCAGAUCCAGGAGAACAGUGUGGAGUUUGAGGCCUGCCUGGUGGCCCAGUGUGAUGCCCUCAUUGAUGCCCUCAACAGAAGGAAAGCCCAGCUGCUCGCACGCGUGAACAAGGAGCAUGAGCACAAGCUGAAGGUGGUUCGAGAUCAGAUCUCUCACUGCACGGUGAAACUGCGCCAGACCACGGGUCUCAUGGAGUACUGCCUGGAGGUGAUUAAGGAAAACGAUCCUAGCGGCUUUCUGCAGAUUUCUGACGCCCUCAUAAGGAGAGUGCACCUGACUGAGGACCAGUGGGGGAAAGGCACGCUCACUCCCAGGAUGACCACGGACUUCGACUUGAGUCUGGACAACAGCCCUCUGUUGCAGUCCAUUCACCAGCUCGACUUCGUGCAGAUGAAAGCUUCCUCUCCAGUCCCAGCAACUCCCAUCCUACAGCUGGAGGAGUGCUGCACCCACAACAACAGCGCUACACUGUCCUGGAAGCAGCCGCCUCUGUCCACGGUGCCCGCUGAAGGAUACAUUCUGGAGCUGGAUGAUGGCAACGGUGGUCAGUUCCGGGAAGUAUAUGUCGGAAAGGAGACAAUGUGCACCGUGGAUGGUCUUCACUUCAACAGCACAUACAACGCUCGCAUCAAGGCCUUCAACAAAACAGGAGUCAGCCAGUACAGCAAGACCCUGGUCCUCCAAACGUCUGAGGACACAGAUUCAGAAGAACAGACACUCCCUUUUCCAGUGCCUUCGGAAAGAUUGCCGCUCCGUAGAAUGAGUCCCUUCUCCUCCACCCUUAAUCUACAGCCCAGCUUCCCCGGGAGAUCCUACUUUGAUUUCCGAUCCUCACCCCACCAGCUGAGCUUGCAUUCCUCCUUACAGUCUCUCAAUGCACCGGGAUGCAAUUUUGAGCCUCAGUCUGCACCUUACACGCAAUUAGUUGACAUUAAAAAGCUGUUGGCAGUGGCCUGGUUUGCCUUUGACCCUGGCUCGGCACACUCUGACAUCAUCUUCUCCAAUGACAACCUGACUGUGACCUGCAGUAGCUACGAUGACCGAGUGGUGCUGGGGAAGACCGGCUUCUCCAAGGGUGUCCACUACUGGGAGUUAACUGUGGAUCGCUACGAUAACCACCCCGACCCUGCCUUUGGUGUGGCUCGCAUCGACGUGAUGAAGGAUGUGAUGUUAGGAAAGGACGACAAAGCUUGGGCAAUGUAUGUGGACAAUAACCGGAGCUGGUUCAUGCACAACAACUCGCACACCAACAGAACUGAGGGAGGGAUCACAAAAGGGGCCACAAUCGGGGUCCUCCUCGACUUAAAUAGAAAAACCUUGACAUUUUUUAUCAACGACGAACAGCAAGGGCCCAUAGCAUUUGAGAAUGUGGAGGGCAUGUUCUUCCCGGCAGUCAGCCUGAACAGGAACGUGCAGGUCACGCUUCACACCGGGCUUCCAGUCCCUGACUUCUACUCCAGCAGAGCAUCCAUAGCCUAAGGGUGUGCUGCGGAGGCACCAGCUGCCUGUUCUUACCUCCGCCUGAGAAGCAACAGCAAGAGGCUCGGCCAGAGCUUGGUGGGAUGCCAGAGAGCUAGAAGGAGGGGGAGAAGAAGAAAAAAGCUGGUCCUCUACGGUCUUCACACCCUGCAGCUCUGCCCCUUUCCCUUCCAACCUCUCCAUUGCUGUAAUGCCUGCAUACGCUUCCAUCUUCUGCAGCUCCAACCAACAAAGGACCUAGCCAGCCCACCGUGUCACUUGUUUCCACUCUCAGAUUUUGCCUUUAUUUAACAUGAUUUUUAUGUCAGUGAGUAAUACUUCGUUUCCUUUCUGAUCAUGUUAUUAGUGACAAAUGGAACUGGCACUGCCAAGAAAAAAAUUCUCCUGACAAUUUUUUUCUUAAGCUUUGUGUCAGAGGUUGUAGGGAGAGAGGUAAGGAAGAAUGAGGUAAAUUUGGAGCCUGCAGUUUACCUCCUAGAAUGCUCUCACCAUGUUACCUCUCAUGCAGGGUUAGCUCUGCAUAGUGGGUCUCUGGGAGGCAGACACAGUGAGCGUAGCAUUAAAAAGUGUUACCAUCCAUUGAAGCACAAAAAUACAGCUAAACGUAGCUGCCCAAAGUUCACAGUGGGCAGGUCAUUAGGAUAGCUGGGUCAUUAGGACAGGCCAGAAACCCUGGUCAUUGAGUGAAAUUGGAAAGUCUCUAGACAUAAACAGACAAGGGGACUUACUAAUUUGGUUCAUGUAUUUAAGAAAAGUUUUUAAUUGAGAGCCUGCUGUAGACCAGCCACUCCUCUGGACACUGGUGCAGUCUCUGUCCUCCUGGAGCUUAUAUUCUCCUAGGAGAACAAACCCAAAAUAAAAGAGUAACAAAUUGUUAUGAACUAGAAAGGAAAUAAACGAGUGAGAGAGAGAAGUUCAUUGGCAAGAUCUUUUAAAUCCCCUAGAAUGAUGCUAAAAAAUCCACCUAUUCUGGCCAUAACACCAGAAACAUAGCAACUCCAUGUCUUUUCAGCUGUGCUAUUUUAAUUAUGGUACCUGCUGGCAUUCAUCACAGAGCUCUUCAUUAGUAGAAAUGAUGUCAGCAUUCUUAUUGGUUACCGCUGACACAAUACUAAGCCUUAAAAAUGAAUGUGGAAAAACAACGGUGGCCAGAGGAAGGCGGACCCAUCCUUAGUAAUGGGAGAUCUUAGGUUGCAGUCCACAGCAUUCACAUUCUCAGGAUAAACACACUUGUCUCCACGUAUACUCUCUGUGCCUGCUACAGAUGGAAAAUCCAUCCACUCUGCUGCCAUUUACAGCCCAGCUUUCUGGUGUAGUUCAAAUAAUGUUUGGGAGAAAAUGAUAUUAUAGGUCAUUGCUAUGAAUGGUAGCAAACAAUAAUGCUUACUACUUCUAUAUAGUGAUAGACUUACGUGGAAGUUACCCUUCAGACUCUUUAGUUUGACAUGACAUUUUAGAAAAUGUAGGACCUGGAAAGAGGUUCUAAAUUGUGGUCUAAAUAUUUGCCAAUAAGCCAAGUAAUUCUCCAUGGCAGGGAGGCAUGAAACAAGAAUAACAAACAGAAGAAGUAGGAUGCAAAAACUAACAAAUUAAAGUUUGGCAAAAAGUAACAUGUAAAUAGCUAAUGAUUUACUUUUGUGUUUCCUUGAUUUAGAUUACUCCUAUCCGUUCCCAUUUUCCCAGUUAUGUGUACCUAAUUUAUUGAAUGGGUGCUAUCCCGUUUACGUCUGUCCUGGUUUUUCUCGGCUACAGAAAAACUCUGUUGCAGGGCAACACUAGUUUGAUAUUUGAUUUACUCCAACGAGACUCGAUGGCUGGGCCGCUGUAGACUCAUAGUUACUCCUGUUCUUUAUGAGAUUCAUCUUGCUAAUUAGAUUUCCAGUGACUUGUAACAUGUAGUUUACACAGAAUCGCCAUUAUAGAUGCAUACAGCUGCUGUACUAGAAAAAAAAUGGAUCUUUCUGGUGUGCCAAUAAAGGAUUUUUA